CGAGAACCCUCAUUGAGCUUACACUACUUAGCAUUUUGAGAAAUCAUAAGGUUAGGAAUGUGUGAAUGGAUGAACAGAAAUCUUAGCAGGCUUCCAAUCUCUUCACCUCGAUUACCUUUGUUUUCUUGUAUGGCGGUUGCAGGUUAUGCUUCUAUUAUUUGAAUCGAGCCACAAUGACGACAAUCAGCUCCUCUUGAGAUGUUCGCUAUGUUCUACCGCUUUGAUUUCGCCGGUUAAGUUAUUGAGAAAUCAGUAAUGAAGGCUGUGGGCAUUGAUUGUGAUGGUACAUUUGCACAAGAAUUAUCGCUGAAAGUGGAAAAUAGUUUUCAAUCGGAGUAGCUUGGUAAGAACAAACCCAUUUCAUCUCUUAUCACAACCAUAUAUUUCAUGCCGCAGGUUUGAACGAGAUCUCCGGUUUUCCAAAUGAAAAGUCAAGCCGGUGCUAACGAGAUCUAGUUUCAUAUUUUCAAUCAUUCUUGUGAUCAUCCGUUACAAACUUCGAUAGUGUCGAUGUGGAGGUUCAUGGGAGUUUAUUUCUUUGCCCGGUGAUGACCAAACGUGUCCAAAAAGCCAAAUUUGCAGGCCAACCUACUGUCUUAUCACUGCCUUGGGGCUAUAUAAGAUGGAAAGUGUUCGCAAUGAGAACUUGAGAGCUUAUCUGAGGGCACCUUUAAUUUUUUGCUUUUGUUUUUCCUCAAAGUCUAUUCCUCCCCGCUUCUUUUUUAGUUGUUCGUCCAAAGCGCUAGUAAUUUAUUUCAGCCUUAUUAUACAUCAAGCCUCGCCUUUGAGUGCAAAAUUAUUGUGUGCUUUUUCGUGCAGUCACAAAGAACAAGGCUGGCCAUCUAUGAUCUGGGGAACAAAGAACUUAUGAACUCGUUUGCAAAAACUCGGUACUUGAAGAUUUCAGCGACGUCGCACCUCUCCAAAACCUCGUUCUGAGUGUAGAUGGUUUCGUCGUCUUCGACAACCUUGAUUCUAGCCAUUUUUAUUGAGUAAAUAUAUUUGAGUAACGUUAUGCUGCCAUGUUCUCGAGGCUCUCUAUUAACUCGCAUGAAUCUAGCGAGCAACCCUCACCCUUGACGUCCUCAUCUUCAACCUCUUCCUUGCUUGGAGGUGCCAAUCUAUCAAUAAACACUGCAGUUGAUUCAUUUGAAUCUCCCGAUUAUGCAAUUGCAUGUGUUAAUGGAUUAUCAUCAGCUGGGUUAUUUGAGGACGCGGCAGUCAUUGCCCAGGGAUAUUUACACGAGAAUCCAAAUCAUGCACUACUUUUGAAACACUUGGCUAAAGGAUUGUUUGAAACAGAACAUUAUAGUGAAGCCAGCCAAAUAUAUCAACGUUUAGAAGCAAUGCCGGGUUUGGCAAGCGACGUAGAAAAAAAGCUUUGGACCAUUGAAGCACUUCUAAACGAUCAUCGACCUGGAGCAGCGCUCGAUAUAUUCCUCAGAAAUCCAUCAUUAGAGGAAUGUGCUAAAGGUCUUUACUUUCAAAGCCGUGCCUUGCGCAAAUUGAAGCAACCUGCAGCAGCAAAAGUUGCCGUUGAUCGAAUGGUAGAAAUUGCCGGAGAAAAUAUUAUUGAUGAUUUUUGGAUUGAGUAUGGAUUGGUCUUAUAUGAUCUGCAAGACUUUGCUGGGUCAUUAAAAUAUUUACGUCGAGGGGCAACUGAAGACGUCAUUGAAUCAGCUCUGGGACUAGCUGGUCAAGCAAAGGAAGCAGAAGAUAUGUUUCAUUCCCCGCAAAAAUUGAAUUUAUGUCACCGCCGUAAAAUUAUCAAUGGCCCGGCUACCAACUGGGAAGAAUUUACGGGGAGAGCAAAUUGGAUGAAGACACUUCCGGAACUACGUGCCCUCGUACAAGUUUCCUUUCAAAAUUCCCUUCCAGGACCAGACGACUUGGCCAGCUGUUUAUGCAUAUUAGGUACAAGACACAGAGAGGCUGGCGCUCACGAAGCAGCCUCUGCGUGUUAUGAACUUGCACUUAAAACCGAUUGUAAAUCUGCAUUUGUGCUAUCAAUGGCGGCCACAAACCUGGCUGUCAACGUACCUCACAAUGAAACCGACGAAGCUCGUUUUGCACGCCUUCAAAAAGCAGAUAAUCUCUGGGAGAAAUUGUUGCACAUUGAAGCAUACUGUGACGGCACCUUCGAAGUUCCACAUGCCGAAAUUUAUCAUCGACGCGCAGAGCUAUGGAAAGGUACUGAAACAUCACUCUACGAGAAGUAUUUAUUCAAGUACGCGGAAAUCAUCAAGUCCCCUGGAGAAUUUAUUUCAGUGGCAAAAGUUUUAAGGUCCAAUCAGAAGACUGAUGGAAUCAAUACUAUUGCAUACAAAGAACGUGCAGAAAGAGUCGAUCGAUUAUAUUAUGAAGCGUUGCACUCUCCAGAAUACUCACCUACUCGUGCCCCUCAAAAGGCAGCUCAAGUAUAUGGAUGGCGUGUGGACAACCUUGCAUAUGGUGAUAUUGAUCCGGCACGACAAGAACGAUUGCUCCGGCAAAAAAUGGAACUUGACGGAAAUCCCGACCGUCUAUUAAACUUUAUAAGUAAAGCAGGAGGUCGUGACUACGAGGUAUUACAAUUACUCGAAAUAGCAGAACGCAGAUUUGGUGGGAAAUAUAUUGCACUGGCCAAGGAUCAAAGAAAAUUUGUCAAAAAUCUCGAGAAGAUACGAAAAGCAAAUGCGAAGAAGACACCUGAUGAUUCUCAUAAACAUGAUCCAGUUCAGAGAAGCAUCAAACAAACAAGGGUAGCAGCAGGUUGGCACGCUUGGAAGGCACAAAAGUGAUAUCAGUGGCUUUGUAAGAAAGAGUAGGAGAGGCUGCAGUGUGUAAGUUUAGUGGCAAAUACUUAUGAUUUUUCACCUAUUUUUUA